GCCGCUGUGGCCGCGCUCGUCUGCGUCUUCUCAGUCGCCUCCUCGCGCAGUGAGAGCGCCCGGGGCCGGCUCCGGGGAUGUAAGAGUCUAAGCCUUCGCCUGCUAGGAAUCCGUUCCGGAUCUGCCAGCCGGGGCAGGGUUCCAGCUCGCCAGUUCGGGAGGCUCCCAGGCUCGGCUUCCCCGCGUGCCCAGAAAGAUGAAUCCGUCCUCGGUGCCCCCUCCGCUCCCGCCGCCAGGGCAGCAAGUCAUCCACGUCACGCAGGACCUCGACACGGACCUCGAAGCCCUCUUCAACUCUGUCAUGAACCCCAAGCCCAGCUCGUGGCGGAAAAAGAUCCUGCCGGAGUCCUUCUUCAAGGAGCCCGAUUCCGGCUCGCACUCACGCCAGUCCAGCACCGACUCCUCGGGCGGCCACCCCGGGCCUCGACUGUCUGGCGGCGCCCAGCACGUCCGCUCGCACUCGUCGCCCGCAUCUCUGCAGCUAGGCACCGGUGCGGGUGCCGCUGGAGGCCCAGCGCAGCAGCACGCACAUCUCCGCCAGCAGUCCUACGAUGUGACCGACGAGCUGCCGCUGCCCCCCGGGUGGGAGAUGACCUUCACGGCCACUGGCCAGAGAUACUUCCUUAAUCACAUAGAAAAAAUCACCACAUGGCAAGACCCUAGGAAGGUGAUGAAUCAGCCCCUGAAUCAUGUGAACCUCCACCCUGCCAUCACUUCCACAUCGGUGCCCCAAAGGUCCAUGGCAGUGUCCCAGCCGAAUCUUGUGAUGAAUCACCAACACCAGCAGCAAGUCGUGCCCAGUAGCCUGAGUGCACAGAGUCACCCAACUCAGAACCCACCCACGGGGCUCAUGAGUGUGCCCAGUGCUCUGACCACUCAGCAGCAGCAGCAGCAGAAACUCCGGCUUCAGAGGAUCCAGAUGGAGAGGGAGAGGAUUCGGAUGCGUCAAGAAGAGCUCAUGAGACAGGAAGCUGCCCUCUGCAGACAGCUCCCCAUGGAAACUGAGACCAUGGCCUCUGUCAACACGCCUGCCAUGAGCACAGAUAUGAGAUCUAUCACCAACAAUAGCUCAGAUCCUUUCCUCAAUGGAGGCCCCUAUCAUUCAAGGGAACAGAGCACAGACAGUGGCCUGGGGUUAGGAUGCUACAGUGUCCCCACGACUCCAGAAGACUUCCUCAGCAACAUGGAUGAGAUGGACACAGGAGAAAAUUCGGGUCAGACACCCAUGACCGUCAACCCCCAGCAGAGCCGCUUCCCCGAUUUCCUUGACUGCCUCCCAGGAACAAACGUUGACCUAGGGACUUUGGAGUCUGAAGAUCUGAUCCCCCUCUUCAAUGAUGUAGAGUCUGCUCUGAACAAAAGCGAGCCCUUUCUUACCUGGCUGUAAUCACGACCAUUGUCAUGUGAUGCAGCUGGGAGCUGACAUUUCCUGGGCCUUACAGAACAAGUGAUGGAGCAAAGCAGGUCUGCAGUUGUACCACUUUCUGCCCUCAUACUCACACUCCCUCUUGUCCAUGUGGCCAGUUAAUCAUUGCAGGAACUUAAGUUACACAUAAAUAAAUACUCUCUUCUCAUUUUCUGCAAGCCUGCACUUCUGGGACAGAUAAGGCGGAAGUGAUUGUACAGAAUAACUUCUUAAAAAAUCCCUGCUGCCCUAUGGCUGAGCUUUAUCACAAUUACCUUAAAUUCAUAUAUCAAUUGAUCCUAAACUGUAAAAGCUGACCACAGGCAGUGAAUUCUGACAGGCAGCUUGGUCCAGGAAAUAUGCACAGAGACCUGAUUUACAGUUUCAAAAACUGUACUGGUAACAGUAGUAACAAAUGCUUUAAAACUAUUUAACUUGAUCUUUAAAGAUGAUUGUAUAGAGAGCAAAUUUCUGCUGUAUGGAAUACAGUGUACUUUGGAACCCAUGGCUUUUCUCAUUCUGUAUUUACCAGGACACAGCGUCCUAAUGUUAACCACCCUUCAUCAUUUUACGUCGUAGCAGCUCGGUUCUGCGAGUGAAAGUGUCACUGCAGCAUUUGUCACAGUCCUUGCAUGACAGAGCAUCUGAAAGAGACCAGUUUGGUACUACCAUGAAUGAUUAUAAAACAGAACUAUUUUUUUUUUAAUUGCAACUUGGAUUUUUUUUUCAGAAUGUCGUUUAGAAUUUGAUGUUUGUUUUAUAAAACGCUGUAAUUUUGUAGCUCAUGACAAAGGGUAGCCAAAUAUUUUUGAUAAGUCAGUGGCAAGUGCAUUUUUCUGUCUUUUGAACCUGUUCUGAAAACCUCAGGCCAACAUAGAUCUCAGCCUGGUGACAUAUGAAUGAGCUGCUGCAUUUUAUAUUCUGAGGCAUUAUCAAUUCUGGCUUUCAAGACUUCCAGUGUUUAAAACAAUCCUGUCUAUGAAACUGUUUGAAGAAUGAGGCAAAUUUCUGAUUAACAUAUGCAGGAAGGCAUAUGGUGUAGAUUUUUACUUUUGAAUUGAGUAAAAUUGAUUCCUAAGUAUAUUAUCUUAAUCCUUUUGCUAAGUUGGUUAAAAAAAAAAUAGGUAUAAGGUAUGUACUCAAUACCUCUUAUGUAACCAACAUUUUUAAUUUUUGUUGUUAGCUUUUAAGGACUGAGAGUAUUGUGUUCAUCUGGAAGGCAGUUGGCCUGCACUUGCAAUGAAGUCCUUAGCUGUUUAAUAUUUUGAACUGACAUUAUUUAUAAUCUAUGAAUUUAAUCUCUUUUUUUAUUUUUUUUUGAAAGACAUCAAGAAUCUGGGAGGAAGCUUUCAGCUCCUAUGAGAGUGAAGGCCUCUUUGUUGAGGAUCUUCAGCAAGAUCCCUUUUGAUCCAUUGGAAUAUAAGUGCACAGAGUACAUUUGGUGGGAAGAGGCAAGUGAAAGGUCAGAGGCAAUGUAGUAGGGCCGUGGAAUAUGGCGGGAAGGCCAGUCAAGGUGAAAUGAAGCAGAUGUAUCAGAACCCCUCAAAAGCAAGGCAAGCAAGACAUGUGAAAAGUGCCCCAAAGAACGAAGCAGUGUUUUUCUUUCAUAGCCUUUAUACCAAAAGAUGCUGUUGUCAGAGAGAAGAGGGUUGGGGGGCACCUUACUGGGGAGAGGCAGAGAGGAGGAAGGGCAGGCUGUGGCACUCUGCUCAUGAACUUGCUAAUGGUAGCAGGCAAGAGCAUGGACUACUGUUGCUUCCAGCACUCUUAUGUGAUUUUGCUUUUCCUGAAGGAACUCCAAGUUAUAUCCAGUUGAUUCCUUGCUCUCUCUGAGCACUCUGAGAGAGGUGGGUAGGCAUGUAUGUUGCUACUAGGUUGAAAGGGAGCACUCUUUUGUUUUCUCUUUUGUUAGCAAAAAUUGCAAAAAGAGUUGUACAUUCUUUCUGAGGAAAACAAAAACAAAAAACAAAACAACAACAACAACAAAAAAAAAAACAAGCCAAAACACAAGGGACCUAACAAAACUCGACAGUGUUACUGUAUUUAAAAAUAUUUUUAUAGAUGCAUUUCAGGUUAUUAAGUGUAAAAAAAAAGAUGCUCUUUUUUAAAAAAAUAGUUAAAUCAUCUAUGAUUUAUGUUACCAAGUUUUAGGAGCAAUUUUCUAGUAAGCUUGUGGCAUUAUGAAAUACUAGAAUAAUUGUCUUAGUAAAUUAGUUUUAACCUUUUUAAUUAAUAUAGUAUUUUUUCUAGAAUAAAAUAUGGCCCAUGACUGUUUACUAAUAGAUAAAGACAGAUAUAAUUUCUUUUAAAGAACAUAAAAUGUGGCCUUGUUAAAGGGCGCUAAAGCUAGAAAUCAGAAAUCAGACUUUUUUUUUUCUAGUUUUGAUUGAACCGAAGAGUUAGACAAGUGCUUUGCAAUGGAGCGACAUCCCCAGCCCUUGCAGUAAUCUCUCAAUGGUUCUUUGGUAUUAUUGUAAGUGUUGAUACUCUCUAAGAAGUCAUAAUAAGGUGCUAUUCAUAUACUAUACCAUACUAUAAGACAACUAUCAGACUAUCUAGUCUUCUUGGUCCUGUGUCAAUAAAUUUUACCAUCUCAUCCCCAAAAUUUGUCAUAGAAUAGGCAAUAUUUUUAAAGUUAGAUUCAAAGAAGUCUUUUUUUUUUUUCUUCUUCUUCUUGAUGAGAUACACUUUGUUGAAGCAUUUACAUGGUGAAAACAUCCUAUCAUUUGUUAACAUUAUUUAGGCAGUGUUUGACUGUAACAUCUAGGAUGUAAAAUGUAUCUCUUUCAAUGAUUUCUCAGUGUGUGAGAAGCUCAUAAACCAGAACAAGUUUUAGCCUCCUGGGCACUGCUCAGCAGAAAGGAAUCUGCAGAAGGGGAUGUGAAGUGACAGACUGAAUGUCACUGAGUACUGUGUUCUUGUGAUAUAAUUAGAAGCAGCUUCUGAAAGAACAACUUUCAUGGGGAAAAAAGUAAGCCAUUCAAAAAAAGGAAACUAUAGAUUGAUUGGGAAAAUGGGUGAUUGACAGAGACCGUUUCCCUGACACUGUAUUCUACAUGUGCUAAUACUUUAACUUAAUGUUUUGUUUUGUUUUGUUUUUAUCAAAUGGGACCUGUGUUGUUGAUUUCUAGUCCGGUAUGUUCUACAUACAGGAAAUGUGCCGCCAAAUCCAUCAAAUCAAACCAUUUUACCUAGAGUUUGGUACAGGUUUUACUUUUUAAUUCUAUAUAAAAAUAAAUACGAUUGAACUUCCA